CACCUCGAUCGACUGACCCGGUUGCAUAGACUUUGUAAAUUAGCUCGACGCACAUUUCAGUUGGAUUGUCUGACGAGCACGUACAGUGAAUUGGGUAGCGGUUUGGCCAAUCUGUCCACACAUUCAGACAAUAUUGUUCUGAAAGAAUACGAGCUGCUUGAGGCCACAUUGUCCGAUUAUUCACGUGCUUAUUCUUCACCCCUUGCGACAACAUGCAGUCGUUCGACACGAUUUGAUAAUUAUUUGGUUACGACAAAGCAUGCCGGUCCGUUGGGAACUACAUGUUCACCGUCGGCUUUGGCUGCUUCCGCUUCAGUCUAUCCAUACAGUCAUUUUCGUACUCCGAUCGCGUCAAACCCGAGUCAACUAGGUGAGCUACGUGUGAUAUGCGAAAGUUUGAGACAGUGUUUGACCCAAGUGAAACGUUUCUUCCAUGAACAGCAAAACACCAAUCGUCUAGUGCAACAAUUCCCACAUCCUACCAAUGGUAUCACAUUCAGUCUGUUUCAUUCUCCCACCCAAACGGUCACCGUGGAUACCAACCGAUUCACUUCUGCCACAAUUUUAUCCGCUCAUCAUCUAGUAUAUAGUGGACUCUCUCUACUUGCUCAUGCGGACAUUACACGCUAUACACAUGGUGAACUGUGGGAAAUGACCAGGGGUAUUGAGGAACUUGAUAUAUUGAAUAGACAUCUGCAGAUUGCGUGCAGAACUGCCCAUAGUGAAUCUCUUUGUGACAUGCUAAUGGGAACUGAUAUCAAUCGGGUCAAAUCCGGAUUGCUUCUCGAGGAAUUAGGUUGUUCGGAUCUACUUUACGAUCCCGUGCUUGUGGCAUGCUCCAUAUCCGUGGGAUACUUGUUUACGUUAAUAGCCUAUCAACGAUCCAUACGUUUGGCACAUGCAAUUUAUCAGCAACUAUCUGCGGUGCGUUCGUUUGAUCGUCAGGAUGGUGCAGGUGGUUCGGAGCCCACAACUGUCAGUAUCGCUCAAUCUGGACGCCUGACACUGGUCGAAGCGUUUCGAGUGUACCUGAACCAAAAUUAUGAUCAUACUGCCUCAGAAUAUUUACGCAACGAAUACGAAUUCAUUGCGGGGUUUCUAGAUGUCCUGUCUCAAUCCACCAAUUUACUCUACCAGGUGCAAAAAUUGAAGCUGUUAUGCAGUGCAGCAGCCGCAGCUCAAGCCAAGAAAACGGAAUUGGAUAGGCAAAAUCAGCGUUCUCGUUUUGCCAAGUCCACCCCAGGUCAUGAAUCCUCGUCUAACGCCGUGAGCGUUGAAGGGGUGCACGGAAUUUUGGUGAAACGUGUGUCGGUGGAAAAAGACUCCAGUUCAUCUGGGGCCACAUCCACGAACAAAACUGUAUCUGUUUCCGCUCGAACCAAUCGAUGCGUUCGUAAGGGAUCUAGCUCAAAAAAGAAUGCGGUUUCACAAUACCAGGAAACAUUGCACAGAGCUGGUACUCUCGAUCGAUAUGUGGCCACCGGAUCCGUGAAUUGUCCUUUGAGUUCUCAUGACCCCGUGCAUAUUGAGAAAGAAACGGUAGAAGUAUCUACGAAUGCCGUACCCACCGGUUCCAAACCGUCAGGCAUUGUGGGCACAAAAAAAGUGGUUCAAUGGAGUGAUCAUCGUGAAAUAAGCACAAGACAUCAAGUGAUUGGUCGAUUUUUGGAAAUGACCUGGCGUUAUACGGAAACGCAUCUUAGCAAUCUCUUUAUGUGCCCACCCACCGUGAAUGUGACAAGUGAACAGGCAAGUGUUUUAGGCGAUUCGUCAGCACAUAAGCCGACUGCGUCGGACAUUGCCGUGUCCGGAAUCGGUCGACGGUGUACGACCAUAUCUUGUUUGCUAAUGCAACCGGAACACACGCGAACACUUUCUGGCUACAUUCGAGAAGUCGCAAAACCCGGUAAGUCUGAUUUCUGUAGUCCUGGCACUGAUUUCAAUGACGUGAUACCGUAUCAAAUGCUUGUUUUAUAA